AGGAAGCGGGGAAGGGGGUAGCAGUGGAUGUGGAGGAAUGGGGCCGCCAUGUUUGUGAAGGAAAACGAGGGCCGCAGGAACCCGGGGACCGUCAGCUCUGCAAGCUCGAGACCGCCAUCUUAUUAAAGGGAAAGAAAGUCCAAGUGGAGUCGGGUCCUCCCCCUACCCGACUGGGGUCUGAGAAGUCUCCGGCUCCAUAGCAAACCUGACUCGGUCUGCGUCAGUCGGAUGAAGAGUGCCAGCGAGAUGCCGACCAACUGCGCUGCGACGGGCUGUGCCACAACCUAUGGCAAGCACGUCAAUAUCAACUUCCACAGAUUUGUUUACAACCCCCAAAGAAGAAAGGAAUGUGUUUGUCUGGUUAGGCGCAAAAAUUUUGUGCCAGGGAAACACACUUUUCUUUGCUCAAAACACUUUGAAGCCUCCUGUUUUGACCUAAUGGGACAAACAAGAUGACUUAAAAUGGAUGCUGUACCAACAAUUUUUGAUUUCUGUCCUCAUCUAAAACCAAUGAAACUCAAGUCAAGAAAUCUUCAUAAGAAAAACAACCCUUGUAUCUCAACAGGACAAUCCAAUAUGAAGUCCAGUGUUAGCUGUCAUCAAGUCUAUGCCUUUAAAAGCCCCACAGAGGCAAAAAAAAAAGGGAUAAUUCACCUGAAAAAAGAGAUAGCAAGCUUAAGAAGAAAGAUGAAGAAUUGCUUGCAGAAAGAACGGAGAGCAACACAGAAAUUGUUCCAAACCUCAUGCUUGGUUAAAAGUUUAGAAGCAAAUAACAUAUUGCCCAAGGGCAUAUCAGAACACAUCUUACCAAGUGCCUUAAAUGAUCUUCCAUUAGAAAACUUUAAAAUCGUUUUACAAGCUCAGCGAGAUCAAAUAUUACAAAUUCUCUAAGUAUAGACAGCUAAACUUAAGGAGCCUACUUCAAUAUUAGCUGGCACUGAAUUCUGUGCUCAGCAUUCACUAGAUUCAAAAGUAAAAGUUUUUUAUUGGAAUUAUGCUAAAAAUUGUGUUUCUAGAACAGUUUUACUUGAAAUAGCAUAAUUUUCUAGGCAUUACUUAUAAAGAUUAUUAGAUUCUUGGAAAAAGUAAAUUUUCAUAUGAAAAUGUCAUUUUAAUUUAAACAUAAGUGCCUUAUAACAAGAAAUACCUGCUAUAGCUGAAAAAUUUCCUACAUGAAGAAAUCUUAUGUUUACAAGUUUAUUUUUUUUAAAGAGCAUAUUUUUGAAGGAAUGGUCUAUACAAGAUAAUAUGCUUAGGUCAUUUCAUGGCUUAUUUUCUGUCAGAAAAGAAAGUUUCCUUAUUGAGCCAUGUUGGAAGCACGCUUUUGUAUUCUAAAUGCAAUGCAGGACUGCAUUUACCAAAAUUUUAAAUAAUCUUAGAAAAGUUACAGUUCUUAAUUUGUGGUUGGUACUAUGACUUGGCAAUAUAUGAUGAAUUACCAAUCACAUUGCCUGUACUGUUUCUUAUCUGUAAAAAGAGAUUAAUAGCAACCUCUCUCAUGAAAAUACUAAAUUUUCCUUGAUUGUACAUUAAUUUCAGUGGUAAGUACUAUUUGGAUAUGAAGUGCCAUUGAGUCUAUUGGACUAAAAGAGGCUAAACAUACCUUAAAUCUGCUUUCACUGGUACCUUGCCAUCUUGAGUCCCAACAGUGGCUCACAUGCCCUGCUAUGAAGCAGCAGCAUUGAAUCCAUUUAUUUUUUGCCAAAAUUAUUAAGUAGAUGUUCAUUACUUCUCUCUUAAUUCAUAUAUAUUUUAGUUUUAUGAUCUUAUCAGGCGAUGUGUGUGUUAGUACAUCAAAGUGUUUAUCAAGUAUUUAUUUUACUACUUACAUAGGUACUUAACUCAGAAUGGGGGGAGCAUUCCCAUAAAACACAAUAGUCUUUCCUUUCCUUGCUGAGAUAUACUUAACUAUAGAAUCUCUUGGUGAUUUAUAAUUUAUUUUAAACUAGAAUCAAUUUGUAGCCUGUUAAAUCAACAUAUACACCAAAGAUUCACUACCUCUGUCACUUCUAUUUUUCUUCAGAAUAGCAUCACCCUUGGGUCUUUACACAUUAGAAAAACAGGAUUUAAUGAUUCUUCUCUAAAAAGAAUAUGCAUAUGGUACUGUUUUAAGAACUGUUGUCUAAUUGAAUCAAAGGGUUUGCCUUAUUUCAUAAAUGAUAUUUAAUCAACAUCUUUUAUUUCAAAUAUCUAUGAACAAAACCAUGGAUAAGUUCAUUAACUAUUAAAUCAAAUGCCUUAAUCCUCAUUCAAAUGUAUGAUACUACAUUGUGAAUAGAGUAUAGUGCUUCACCAUAGAUGAUUCUACAUUGUUUCAUAUCAAGGGUUGAUUUUAUGUAAAAAAAGAGCAAGUCAGACUAAUAUUUGGGGCUUUCUUUUUUUAAUAAUACUUGCCUUACAUUCUAGUCACAAAGAGUUCUAAUUUACUUUUUCACAAAAGAUGGUACUCCAUAAUGGAAGAUAACUACUCAUUUUGACAAAAUAUAUAUUACUGGAGAAAACAAUGAAUUCUUCCUCUAAGAACUUGUAUGUCCAAAUAUGACACUUUUUAUAUAGCAACGCCUCAAAUUUCAUCAGAAUGUAAGCUCCUUGAGGGCAAGGACUGUAGUUUUCCUUUCUGCAUGCUCAGGAUCCUGCACAUAGUGGAUAAUAAAAAUAAUACUUAAUAAAAAUCUAUGGAAUUGUGUUCAUAAGGCCUAACAUGUUUCUAACAUGUUAUGUUAGUUUCUAACAUCUUCCAAGAAGGUAGAUUUGACCGAUGCUAAAGUAAGAAAAUAGUUUGUCUUAAUUCUUAUUGGGCACAUGUCAGAAAUACGUGUGGAAAAACUUGUGUUGAAAAAUUUUAAUCUUUUACAUAAAUAUUGUCCAGAGUUUUAAAAAAGUAACCAUUGUGUUUUGGUUAUGGAUCAUGUUGACAGUUUUUCAGCAAUGUAUUGCCAGCAAGGGUGAGUGUUUACUAGUUUUAUACUUCUAGCUACUUAGACGCGAUGUAUAUCUUUUCAGAUGUUAUCUCACAGUUCCAGAAGGCCCAAAGUAUUAUUCAUUUGGUUCCUAUAGAUUAGUUCCUAUUCUACUACAGACAACUGGAAGAGCUAUAAUGUUGUUAGCAGUGUCUCUAGAGAAACUUAACACUACAACAACAAACAUUAAAUUUUUUUAAAAAGAUAAACCUAA